GUGUGUAUGGGAGCGGGAGAGAGAGAGUUGGGGAAAGUGAGGGACAGGGAUAGAGGAGGUUGGGGAGGGAGGGUGGAUUGAUCUGCCGCUGUUAAAAUCUUGUUCUGUUUUUUCUUGGAGUGAGAUUUCUGCUCUCGCUGACUCGCCUCUCCCGUGUAGAUUCUCAUCAGCGCGAAGAGGAAAAACGGUUGCGGAAGGAACCCUGGGCAUUUUUCAAAGAGUACAUUCUCAUAUUUUCAUCGGACGAGGCUCAGUUGGCUUUUAUCUGUUUGCUUUCCCUGUAGCCUGCUCUCUUUUUCUCAUGUGAGAGAAAGAAACACAGAACGGAGACGGCGAAGGUUCGAUCUGUCAACCUGAUAAAGUGGACCCUCUUCAAGAAGGAGAACUUCGAAAUUACAUACAGAGAGACCUGGACUAGAGGAGGUACUUUUCACGUAUCUGUAACGUGUGUUGUCUUUAAUCUAUCUAGCAUCUGGUCUUGUUUUGAGUGAACUACUAACUUUCACCAUUUAAGAAUAAUUUUAAAAAGCUCGGAUUGCAUUUCCCCCUUCAAACAUUUUUGAGGUGAUGUCAUCUUCCCCUGUUUUGGCUGGUAUUGUGUCGGGACUUUGGAUGAACCAAGCAGCCAGCGGCUGAGACGCCUGGGGAAAUCCGGGAAAUCAGGUGCAGAGCGCGGCUGUCAUUUCUGCGCUGUCGCGGGUGGCUGGGUUCGCCCCUCAGUCACAGCUGUUCCCAUUCUCUGCUGCUCUCCCCCACCCCCCCUCUGUCUGUCCCUCUCACCCUCUGCUUUUCAUUCAACUCUUCCCCCCAUCUUCUGAGCUGGACCGCUUCGGGCUCUCCUCCACUCAAGCGGACACUGUCGGUCAGUGUCCCACGGGCCACAGACCCUUUAACCCCGUUAGGAGGUGCAGCCAUGACCGAGCCUACCGUGCAGCAUCCGGAGUCUGCCGAGCCGCCGCGUCCAUAUCGCCCUCGUCACCCCGCCCAGGUAUCCUGCCUCCCGCGGCGCAUGACCUUGCCUCGUACGGACUAGAGCUGAAGCUCCCGCCUCCGUUCGCACUACUCCUCCCUUCUCCCCUUACCGACCCAUCCCUCAGUCCAUCGCUCAUGCCCGUUCUUUUCCAUCCAAGGGAAUUUAUUCGUAAAAGGACGUAUUUGCGGAUCAAAAGAUCAACUUGUAACUAAGAAGGCUAUCCUAGAUGUUCCACGACGCCUGGAAAAUAGGUUUUAACUGUAUGAUCGAGCGAAGUUAACUGCAACAGACAGUGAACAGGUUGACAUACAACGAAGUCCACCAGGAUUAUUUUGAUAGAAACCUAUUUUAUCCUUGACUAUUCUGUACCUCAGGGCCGGCCGACUCAAAUCGGAUUUUUGGAUCUUGACAGUGGCUGAACUUCGUUUCACCUGUCCCUGCAGCUCCAAGAAUACUGCUGUUGAAUGACCUGACCCCCGCCCCCCUCCGGUCCUCAUAUUGCCCCGCCCCUGUUUGCUGCUAACCGCGCACCACCACGACCACCGUGACAGCCGCGAACGGUCACAGUGGCACUCACACCGCGGGUUCCCCCGUCCUCCCCCCGUACCCUCAGCCGCUGGGGGACGCGAUGCUCACCGCCGAUGCCAACGGGAGUGUCCGCUGACCCCGCGACCAUUCAUCGGAUUACAAAGACAGACAUAAACCUACCAUCAUCACCGGAGUGUUACCGGUACGCGGAGAGCAGCUCGGAACAGCCGAGGAGACAGACUUGGAGCGACGUUUCGUCGCGGUGGGGGAAGCGAUGCGGUCCCUUCUCUCCACGCUGACUGUCUUAUGUAUCCAGAUGUUGCUGGUGAUGUGCAAUCCUUUGCAGCAGGUGUUCGGGGUCGAUGGGGUAAAUUUCAGCGUGCAUGUGGAGAACCAGACUCGGGUGCGAGACGCUAUGAGUCGCCGGCAUCACCGAGUCUACCAGCUCUACAGCAGGACCAGCGGAAAACACGUCCAAGUGCUGGGCCGCCGGAUCAGUGCCCGCGGAGAGGAUGGAGACAAAUAUGCCCAGCUCGUAGUGGAGGCUGACACCUUUGGCAGCCAGGUGCGAAUCCGGGGGAAAGAGACCAACUACUACCUGUGCAUGAACCGCAGGGGCAAGCUGGUGGGCAAGAAGGCCAGUAACCGCAGCUCAGAUUGCGUCUUCGUGGAGAAGGUCCUGGAGAACAACUACACAGCGCUGAUGUCGGCGAAAUACAACGGGUGGUACGUGGGUUUCACCAAGAGGGGGCGCCCUCGGCGUGGCCCUCACACGCUACCCAACCAGCAGGACGUGCACUUCAUGAAGCGUUUCCCGCCCGGGGAGCAGCCAGAUGUGACGCCUUUCCGCUUCACCACGGUCAGCAAGCGGAGCAAGCGAGUUCGAGCCGCUCGACCACGUUAACCUUGCUAACGCUCUCUCCCCAUCUCCUGUAAAAGGCCACUAAAGUCCUGUUUUUUGGGACCAAGCUAAAUGUUACCCCGGGACUUGCUAACCAGACUGACAGUCCCUCUCCUUUGCAGCCGUGUAAAAUGACUGGAUCGUUUAAGGGAGACAUGCUAACUCGGCCAAAGCUGUUUAAAACAACUAGCCUAGCAUGGGCUAAUCCUGUUUAAUGCUAAACUGUGCUAAAAAAAAAAGGACAUGUCUGACUCUGACAAAGGACUGACUUUGACUAGCAGCUGUCUGACUGCAGGACUGCCAGACAUCAUCUCAUCAAUCCUUCCAGUAAGGUCGACACUGACACACCUGCCCUUUUUUUUGGUCUGUUCUUGGAUAUUGAACCAGACAGACCACACAACGACAGGCUCCCUACACAUAUGGAGAAGCCUAGAGACUAGCCGACAGAUGGUGACCCAGAAGAGGUGGGUGGAGUUGGGCCACCGCCGACCAUCCUGUCCUGUGUUUGGGACCAAGUUUCUUCAUGGAACUAUCGCAGAGCAGACCAGCUUUUGGACUGGACUCUUGACCGGAUCAGAUACAGCAAACUCAGAUCAGCCCAAGGCCCAGGUAGACAUUGUCCUGGAACUUCAGGACAAGGCAACCCAAAAAAAGGACUACAUCCCAACUUGGGGGGGUAAAUGUGUUCCCCUGGCACCCAAAGACAUGUUAAUGUGUGUGUGUCUGUGUGUGUCUGUGUGUGUGUGUGUGUGUGUGUGUGUGUGUGUGGUGGAGUAAGAGGAGGAUCUCAAAGGGAAGGACAGAACGAGUGGCAGAUGUUUUGACUUGCUGUCUUUGUCUUGUUCUAUUCCGCCCUGUGCUUUGAGAAGCGAGCUCACAUGCAACGCUCGUGUGUAAGUGAGCGGGUUUAGUGAAUGAGUGUCCACGAGGAGGUGCACCAGAGGAGGUGCCCCAGAGACCACAUUUGGACACUACGACAAGGAGACUUUGAGGAGGACUACUGGUGGUCACCUCACCACUCAUUCUCUCCCUUGAAGGACAGAAACCCUGCGAGAACUGGAAUGUACAAAUGAAUAAAAAAACGGUAAGCACGCAAAAUAUCAGCUGCACCAAAAAAUUAUCCAAUGACCAAAGACAACUGGAGACCAAUGAUGGACAAGAUAGCCACACCCCCUUUUUCAACCCUGCAACCAAUAGCAAGCACUCAAACACAGGGCAAAGGGGGUGGAGGCACAUUCUCUUUGCAUUUGCAUCGCUAUAGAAACGACACAGGGAACAAUAUUCCCAAUUUUGAGACAGUAUGGAAUGCUGCUACACGGACAUUAUGGAUUAACCAAAGUCUCAUACACAAAUAUUAAAGGGAACCCAUUAAAAAACUAUAUAAAGAUUAUAUAUAUAUAUAUAUAUAAAGAGUAAAGGCUAAAUAAGCAAUAUUAUUAUGAUUGCUUCUAUAAUUGUUGUUAUUAUUAUGAAAUUAUUUCACUUAUUUAUUUCAUCUCAGUGUAUGGCAGCCUUUCUACAAGCCAGUAAAUCUUCCAGAAAAACUGUGCAUCAGAAAAUGUCGCUCUUUUUUCCCCUUCUUCCUUCAUCAUCUCCACAGACACGACUACCACCCUCAUCUUUCUGCUACCCUACCCUUAUUUUACAACAUUUAUUAGAAAAUCCCUAAAAAUCCACUCCCUCACGGUUCAAUAGGUUUAGUUCACCCAGCAGGUUUUGCAUGCACUGAAUAAGUCUUUGUUACCAGCAGGGUAGACGAAAAAUCCCCCAUCCAUUUUCCUCUUCAGUCUCAGACACUUGUCUCGCUAGGAGGAGUGCUAUGGCACGCCACUUAAUUGUCUCCCCCGUCCUGUGGUGGUAACUGUAGAUCUGUCACUUGAGGAUGAGCCAAUGGGAUCUGCAGGCACAAACAGCUGACUCAGUGGGAAAAAGCUGUAGGAUUUUUCUCGAUUCCGAAGGCAGGGAUCCUGAGCAAGGGGGUUCUGGAACGGCGCUGGCGGAAUGGUGGAAAGAUUCUGGAGCCAAACCCAGGGUGGAAGGUGUAUGGUAAUGGUGUGGAGGAAGGAAUUCGAAAAAUGUGCGUGAGAACCGAGUAGUGACCUGAGACUUGCAGGAAUUAUGGGAAAAAUCCCACAGACCCACAGGAAGCACACACACCCAGCAGACACAUGCACUCAGGCAGACGUGUGGUGUGUGUCUCUAAGAGCAGACACACACACACUAGGAACAGACAAACACACACAAAUAUCUCAACAGAUAAAUGCCUCUGAUUGGAUGUGUGCGUGAACCAUAUACAUACAGACAAUCACUGAUUUAGUCAUACCAUCUUAUAUCUACAGCCUGCUCACCAAAAACAAUUUUGGCCCUGGUGCUGACAUGCUCCGAAAAACAGCUGAACACAAACUCAGCCUUCGGAGUGCAAGUCCAGCGAGGAAUUCCAGUGCUGUCUCAGGGUGACACAAAACUGCACUAACACAGCACAGCACAGCCUGCAAAUCUUAAAAUGCGCGGACUGUGCCAACUUCACAAGCAGUGCCAGU